UAUUUAGUGUAUGUUUAACCAGAUACUAGGCUUUUGUCGCAAUGUUCCGUUUCAGUUUUGCAACGGAGAUAUGGACCAGUACAACGGACAUCAUGUCUUGGAAGCUCAUGCCUUACCCGAAACCGUCCGAAGAGUCUCCUGCCGGAACUAUGUUUGCUUCAAGUGGUACAUCAGGGAUUGGUGAAGAAUCGAUGGCAUAUGUUCACGUGGACCUCAACUAUCCCAUUGCGGCAAUAAACGUCCCCAUGGUCAAGAUGUGCCUUGAUAUAGGCGCGGAUGUGAACGCCAAACUUUAUGGUGGUGAGACGCCUCUAGAGGCGGCGGUAGCUGUUGCUUGCGACAUCAAAUACGUCCGUUUGCCUCUGGCGCGUCGCGAUACGAGACAAAUCAUUCAAAUGCUACUUGAUCACGGAGCGGAAAAAAGCCCGGAGGCACGGCGGUUGGCAAGAAAUUCACACGGAACUGAUUGGUUGAUCGAACAACUUCUGGCUCCUUCCCCUCAUCCCAAAACAUGUCACUUCAUCUCCAUGACAGAUGCAGUGUUGUCAGGAGAUCAGAAGAAGCUAGAAGACAUACUCACGCAAGAGCCGGAGCUUUUGCAUUUGUCAGAGUCUUAUGGCGUCUCACCGCUCAGGAUAGCUGUUUACCAAAAUGAUGAACUCAUGGUAGAUAAGCUUCUCCACGAAGGAGCUUCGCCGAACACACUUGACCCUGUGGGAUCAUCACUACUAGCUACCGCUGUCAAGCGGAGUCGGGGAGCUAUUGUCGGAUCACUUCUGUGGUACGGUGCAAGCAUCACACUCGAAGACCCUGACCUGAAGGGCACUCCUCUCGAAUAUGCUGCAAGAAAUGGAGACGAUACCAUGUGCCACACUUUGAUUAAGGGUCUCAAAGUCCAAAGCCUUUCGGAGAAGAGGCGACUACUUUUGGAACCAUUUGCUCUAGCAAUAGUAGGAGUUAGGACCAGUGUAAUCAGGGUACUUCUCGAACAUGGCGCAGAUGUAUUCAUGGACAUGCGGCCAUUUCUACGUCUCGAGGUAGCCUACUCUCCCAAAGGAUGGAAAUUCAAUCCCGAUGAUCAAGACUGGGAAACAACUUUAACCCCUCGGAUAUUCCUGGAAAGCAACCACGAUAUUCUCCAAGAAUACGCCAGCUAUGAAAGUUUGCUUGUAGUUUUGAAGAAAUAUGAGGAUCGAACGACUGAAGAAACACCCCAGAGAAGUGGCCUGCUGUCCUAUGAGAAAUUCCAGUCGGAGGACCUUAUUUCAUUCGAAUGACAGAUUCCUACCGAGUUAAAGCAUCACAAGAGGGGUCCUGGUCACUGGCUCUAUCAAUGCAAGUACGCUUAACGCAAGGAAAGUUUUCUUUCCAAUCUAUGCUCGCGAAUCCGUUCUUCUUUCAUCCUGGCAAACGUUUUCUUAUCUUUUGUAUGGUAGUAAUUUGUGCACUUACAAGGGUCAAUGAUCAUUUCAACCACGUUAGACGACACCGAAAAAGCCGGGUAGUCAGCACUCAUCCAUUGGCGUCACGACGCUAGUUGAGCGCAACAAAGCGAACGCGGCACAGCAUACUGCACAAUCGAGCUUUCACUGAAACUGCCUUUGUUCU